AGGUGGCAGCACCGCAUACAGCCGCUUUCCAUCCAACAUAAAGAAGAGGAAGAGGAAGAAGAAAGAAAAUACACCCGCGCUGUUUGGAGCUGGAAGAUAUUUCAUUAAUAAUAAGUCAUUUACAGUGUAAUGUAUCUGACCGCUCAGGAUGGGGAGCAGCAGCCGAGCAGGAUUUCGUAUCAAUGACAGUGACUCCAGUGACUCAGAGCAGCUCCCUGUGAUCGAUUUCUCUCAAAAACCAAAGACCGUGGUGUGUUCAGACUCCCCGGAUUCUGCAACGACUCAUCCGGUCUCGGCUCGGCCUGCUGGAGGAAACGUCUUCACGGUCAGCAGUGGCAGUGAGGAGGAGGAGGAGGAGGAGGCUUACAUUCCUCUGGCUGUGAGACUGAAACAGAAAGCUGUAGCUAAGAGCACAUGUGAGAGUCAGAAUUCAUCUGUGAAUCAGAACGGAGGCUUGAAGGAGAAGAUAUCAACUGCUCAGUGUGUUCAAGUUUUACAGGAUGAUCCACUGAGGCAUUAUGGAAAAGAGCCUGUCUCCGUCAGGGAUGAAGACACUGGGCUCCGAAAGCGCAAACGCACCCUGGAGGAGAUUGAGGCGAGCAGAGAGGAGGCCCUGCGCAGGAAAGCCGAGCGGGAGAAGCAGCACGGAGAGAGGGAGCGACUGAGAAUGGAGAAGAAAGCACUGAUGGAUGCUGUGAAGGCCAUGAGGCCGGAGGAGUGCAUCAAACACAUGGUGGUGGUGGUAGAUCCUGGCCUGCUGCAGCUGGAGGGUGGUGGUGAUCUCCUGACCUCACUGCACACAAUGGGAUGCAGCUGUGCCAUCGAGAAGCAGCCGCUGCCACGGAGUGUGUCUUGGGUUAGACGAGCACCCUGUCCUCAGACUGGAGAAGUGAUGUCUAUGCCGGAAGCUCUUGCGGUGAUCCAGGUCCCGGUGGAUGACUUCAUCAGCAUGGUUCACAGUUCCACACAGGAGAAGAGGAGUGGAGGAACGAGCGACCGUGGCGUAACCCUCACUGCUUGGGUUCUCCGUCUCAUGGCGAGAAACGCAGACAGAACCCUCAGUCUGGUGGUGAUCGACAUAGAGAAAUAUUUUAAGAAUCAGAACGCUAAGGGACGGCAGAAGUUUCGGGAUGCGGUGCUGGGGGACGAGACGAAGAAGAGGAAGAGGAAAGACGUGGAGCAGCUUCCUGAUGUCUCUUGGGUGGAGUUGGAGGAGGCUUUAGUCGACCUCCAGCUGCACACGGGGGUCCAAGUCCAUUUUCACUCGACCUGGAAGGACUUCACUAAUUACGUUACCAUGUCAACCAAGGCAGUAGCUGAAGCACCGUUCAAGCGGGAGCGAGAGAAGACAGGUUUUAGUUUUUGUCUCGAGAGCGAGUGGGGAGGUGGUCAGAAGGUGGAGCGUGCAGGGAAAGGACUUCUGCAGGUGUGGAAGAGGCAGAUCCAGCAGCUGAACCGGGUCAGCGCAGACAUGGCUACAGCCAUCCUCAGCGCCUAUCCCUCUCCUCAGCUUCUUAUUCAGGCGUACGCACGGUGCAAAUCAGACCGAGAAAAAGCCGCGCUGCUAUCAGACGUGCUGAUUCGUCGUGGAGAAGGAGUGACGUCGACGACGCGCAGGAUCGGUCCAGAGCUGUCCAAGCGAAUCUUUCUUUUGAUGAUGUCAUCGGACCCCCAGCAGACACUCGAUUCCGUGGCAUAAAUAUGUGCAUGUGUGAUGUGAUGUAGUGUGAAGAGACUUGAGAGAGAUUUUCUACCUUGAUUUGUUUUUUUUUUUUUUUCACCAUUUUAUCCAUUUGCUUUUAUGCAUUUGUUAUUAAAUGUUUUCUCUCAG